AUGAGCACCACCACAGGUCCAUCGACCUCCAAACCACAGUCUAAUCCUGGCCGAGCAAGACAUUUAGCGAAUCAAAAGAAAUAUGCUAAUCCCUUGCCUAUUUUAUUCAACACCCCUUCUUCUUCGUCUUCCUCCUCUUCCCCAUUCUUUCCAUCUUCCACUGAUCCGUCUUCUUCUUCUUCAUCAUCAAGACAACCUUCAGUCCUAUCAUCGUACAUACCAUCUUUCUCUUCAAGUGCAAGUAAUAAAGUAGAGAUACCAAAUUGUAUAGGUACUUUUGACCCUAUCACAAGAUCAGUAUGGAUAGAAGAUGAAAGAUCAAAAGCAAUUAUAUUCACAAAAGGUUUUUUCGGUAAAGGUACCUUGAGUAGAAGUGAACCUUCGUGGAGGGAAAGAAAGAUUGCGUUACUAAAAGGUGGUGCGACCCUAGCCGCUGAACAGAUGAGAGAAAAACGAAGAUUGGAAAGAAAACAAUUCAAGAUUGAUCGAGCAGCUGCCAUGUUAAAUGCCGCGAAACAAGCUGAAGCAUUACUUACUUCUUCCGUUACUGCCAAGACGAACUCUGCAGAUCCAGGUCUACCAGGGAGUAUACAGGAUGAAGAAGAGGAUCAAGCACUUGAAAUUGACAUUGACGUUUAUGAAGAUGUUGUAGAUAUGUCAGAUCAAAUCAGAUCAAGUUCACCUACACCUUCAAAUUCGACCGACGCUACGACAUCUGCCGCUGCGAAUACGAUUGAUCCAAUGAAGUUGACACCUCAGACAUUCUUGGUCCGACCUACUAGACCUGAUCAAAAUCGUAAUAGAGGUAGAAAGGCAUUUAAAAGACGUCCCGCACCAGCACCAGCACCAGCACCAGCACCAGCACCAGCAGCUCCAGCGCCAGCUCCCAUUACUUCCGUACCUCCAAUAGCAGAUAACGGAGUGGAAGACGAAGAGGAAGAAGAAGAGUUGAAAGAAGAUUUAUUCGACGAAUCCUUAGUCGAAGAAAUGGAACAUCUUCAAUUGAGCUUGGAAGAAGCUUUGUUCCUAAGUCUGGGAUUAGGUGUUUUAAGAAUCUUUGAUCCUACCACUCAAACAUACCUUCCCGUUGGUCCCUCUUUGUUAUCACUCCUGCUUACUCCGCCCACAUCCACCUCAAUCACUUCUUCGAUACAAACACCUUUGUUACCCGACGAUCCGUUGUUGGUCUCAUACGUAGCAUAUCAUCAUUUCAGGUCAUUAGGAUGGGUCGUAAAAGAUGGUAUAAAAUUCUGUUGUGAUUGGUUAUUAUAUAGGAAAGGCCCAGCAUUCAGUCAUUCUGCCUUCGCGUGUGUAGUGAUCCCUGUAUAUGAUGAUCCAUCGGAUAAAUUAUCGUCACCAUAUGGAAAAGAAGAUUGGUACGAAGAACAGAUGAGCUGGAAAUGGAUGAAUACAAUUAUGCGUGUAAAUGCUCUGGUGCAAAAAACUGUGAUAGCAGUAUAUGUGACAAUACCUUCUUUAUCAUCUUUCCCGCAAAACAGCAAGUUGGAAAAUGGUACUCUCGAUCUCAAUAAGAAUAAUUUGAGAAGUCUGUUAGAGAGAUAUACUGUUAGAGAAGUGUCUUUGACACGAUUCGGGCCGUCGAGAAGAAGAGAUUAA